GUGCCGCGCGCGCGUAGCGAGGCAGCAAGCAGCAGCAGCAGCAAUGGCGGUGGAGGCGUCGGGCUUGCGCGAGCAACUUGAGCGCGCUCGCCAGAGCCUCCACAGCGUCGACGAGAACAUCAAGAAGCUGACGGGACGCGACCCCAAUGACUUGCGGCCUGGACCGGGCAGGCGGUUGUCCCUCACGGGUGGACCCCAGGGCCUUGGCAGGGGGCGAGGAAUGGGGCUUCUGAGGCGUGGGCUCUCGGACACGGGGCUACUGGCAGGGAUGGGCGGACCGCCGGCCAAGAAGAGAGAUAUGGAUGGAGCGAUGGGCAGGCCGGGGCCAGAGCGGCGGGUCCGACGUGAAUCCCACCCCGAGAGUGACGCCGAGGACGACGAGGACGUGCAGAAGCCCGCAGUGCAGUCAUCAGUGGUGAAUACUGCCAAGGAGCGAACACGCCGAGACCUCAUCCAUGACCAGAACCCAGACGAAAAGGGACGGCAGAGGAAUCGGCGAAUGUUUGGGCUGUUAAUGGGGACCCUGCAAAAAUUCAAGGCCGAGGCAUCGGAGGAGAACGAAAAGCAAAAGCGGCGGCACGAGAUUGAGGCGAAGGUCGAGGAGCAGGCGGAGGAGGAGCGGCGCGCUCUGGCGCUGGAGCGGCGUGAACUGUUUGAGGAGCGGCGCAACCAGCAGGCAACGCUGCGCCUGCUCGAGGUCAAGGUGCAGCUGGCGCACCUGCAAGAGGAGUGGGAUGCACACAACCAGAAGUUGCUCCCGUUCAUCCGCACCAAGACGAAGCCGCAGAUGUUCUUCCUUCCGGCCAAGAUGAGCCCUGACACGCAAAAGCUGCUGGAGGAGUCGCAAAAGACUCUGAGUGAUGAGUUUGCGAAACGACGCGCCGACUUCCUGGAGGAGAUUGAAAGAAUGGAGGUGCGGCCACGACGCGCGAGGAUCCGGGGGCGGUUGGGUCCCACGCCGGACGGAGACGGGGAUCUGGGGGGCGGCCCCCCCUGGCUGGGGGAGGGCCCUGAGACAGAGGACGCGGAGGGUAAGGCGAAGAUGGGGCGCGUUGGAGAGGACACAGAUGCAGCGCCGGUGCAGGAUGUAGAGAUGUCGGGCGGCCCCGAGGGUGAGGGGGGGCAGGCAGGGCAGGAGCAUCCAGAGCAGGAGAAGGGCAGCUUCGAGGCCAAGCACCAGGAGGAGGGGAUGGAGGAGGGGGAGGUGGGGGAGGUAGGGGAGAGGGCCCAGCCUGAAGGGCAGGAAGUGAGUAAGCCUGAAGAGACGAAAACACCGGUGGCCAAGGAGGCGAGUAGCGAGAGGCGCAGGGAGAGCGAUCGUGGGCAGCGAAUCCGCAUCGUGCGGCGGGGGCCGGAGCGUGACCGGGGGGGCAGCCCAGACAGGCGGCGCGAUGGCUGGGACCGGCGCAGGGGGGCCAUGGGAUUCGGGGGCAGCCGCAGCCACGAGCAGGGCGGCUCGGGAGGGGGACGGCGGCGGCGCCAUAGCUCGGAGCGGGGACGUCGGGAGCGGGAGCCGGUGCGGCGGAGCCCCCGCCCGCGCUCGCCCCGUCACGCGCGCCACUUGGAGCGCGGUGACAAGAACGAGACCAACAGGAAGGUCAGGGCUGGGUCCGACGGGGACAAGAAGGGGGGGCACAGUGGGGAGGGGGGGCACAGGGGGGAGAGGCGGCGCAGGCUCUCAGAGGGCGGGGCUCGUCGCAGGCAUAGCGAGGGGCACAGGGGAGCCGAGGCCGGAAAGCGGUUGUCCUCGGAGGGCAGCGCCGAGAAAGGUAAGGAGGCAGAGGCCGCAGGGCAGCAGGGCGACACAACAGGGGAGGAUGUGCAGAUGAUGGUGCCAGCGGAGGAGACGGAGGGUCAGGAGGAGCCAGGGACACAGGCAGUGGAGUCGUAGGGGGAAGUUAAGCCCCGGGGCCGUCCCUCAACAUUGGUAAGUAUGGGGGGGGGGUGGGGGGUUUCCGUGGCCUCGCCAGGGCUCGGCAGGGCUGUCACCCCCCAGUUUUCAGAGCGAUGAUCCGCCAGACGCCCAUGGUGUGCACUGGGCUUCUCGCGGAUGUCAACGACCACGUCCCUGCGAACGGCAGCACUUCUGCACGGCCUUGCGCGUUUCAUGCCGGGGACAGAGACUCCUCUUAUGAUCUCGGUGGGGAAUGCGAGGCUUUUCACUUGUUGAACGUGCGGUGUUUCUGUCAAGUAACCGAGUGUACACAUUUUAAUCAGGACUCUGGUUCCCUUCCACACUUGGAGCUGUGCUGUAAGAGUCGCAUCAAGGUUCCUGCACCUGGCCCCAUGCGUGUUUUAUGCGGUCACUAUUCCAUGCAGCUCGAGACAAUGUUUAUAAGUUGGACAUUUUGGAUAAAUAAAUUGUUGGGCGUGAA